UGAUUGACAAUACCUUCGACCAAUUGUUACGCUCAGAGCCAUUGUGUAAGUGUAUCACUCCGCCAAUCACGUUAGAGCUCUUUGAGAAAGGACCGGCCACUACUGCCUUUGUGUUGACAUUUUCGGGGAUCUAACGUUAGAGGAGAGGCCUCCAACGUCCUCCAUGAUGCUGUCCAGUAAGAAGUCGGACGCCAGCUCCUCGUCCUCCUCCUCUUCAUCCUCAGCGGGGGCAGCAGGAGGGGACCGGGCCCCAACCUCUGACGCCCAGUCUGGUCCUUCAGUGUCAGCUGCAGGCCCUGCAGAUGUAAAAAAGAAGGAGAGGUCAUCCCCGAGUGGGGAGUCAGGUGGCCCCCCUCUGCCCCACCAGGCUGGCCCUGGGGGGAUGGACCAGGACUCAGCCGAAGUCCGCAGGACAAGUCGACGCAAGCGAGCGAAACAGGUGGAGUACCGCGAGAUGGAUGAGAGCCUGGCCAAUCUGUCUGAGGACGAAUAUUACUCUGAGGAGGAAAGGAACGCCAAGGCUGAGAAAGAGAGGAAGCAAGUCAUCCCUCCUCCAGCCCCUCCAGUAGAGGAGGAGAAUGACAGUGAACCAGAGGAGCCAUCUGGCGUUGAAGGAGCUGCCUUCCAAAGCCGUCUCCCUCAUGACCGCAUGACAUCCCAGGAGGCUGCUUGCUUCCCCGACAUCAUCAGUGGUCCUCAGCAGACGCAGAAGGUCUUCCUCUACAUCCGCAACCGUACACUCCAACUGUGGCUGGACAACCCAAAGAUCCAGCUGACCUUUGAGGCCACGGCACAGCAGCUUGAAGCACCAUACAACAGUGAUGCUGUGCUCGUCCACAGGAUACACAGCUACCUAGAAAGGCAUGGCCUCAUCAACUUUGGCAUUUACAAGAGGGUCAAGCCUUUACCAACUAAGAAAACGGGGAAAGUCAUCAUCAUUGGUGGAGGUGUGUCCGGCCUAGCUGCAGCCAGGCAGUUACAGAGUUUUGGCAUGGAUGUAACAGUCUUGGAGGCCAGGGAUCGUGUUGGAGGCAGAGUGGCCACAUUUAGGAAAGGCAACUAUGUGGCUGAUCUGGGAGCCAUGGUGGUGACAGGGCUGGGAGGGAAUCCCAUGGCAGUGAUCAGUAAGCAGGUGAACAUGGAACUGGCCAAAAUCAAACAGAAGUGUCCGCUGUAUGAAGCCAAUGGCCAGGCUGGUGAACGAUGCACAAGUGUGCCCAAGGAGAAAGAUGAGAUGGUGGAGCAGGAGUUCAACAGACUGCUGGAGGCCACCUCCUACCUCAGCCACCAGCUGGACUUCAACUUCCUCAACAACAAACCCGUUUCUCUGGGCCAGGCCCUGGAGGUGGUCAUACAGUUGCAGGAGAAACAUGUAAAGGAUGAGCAGAUAGAGCACUGGAAGAAGAUUGUGAAGACUCAGGAGGACCUCAAGGAGCUCCUCAAUAAGAUGGUGACCACUAAGGAGCGGGUUAAGGAGCUCCAUCAGCAGUAUAAGGAGGCCAGUGAGGUCAAACCACCUCGAGAUAUCACAGCAGAGUUCCUGGUCAAGAGCAAGCACCGUGACCUCACCGCCCUCUGCAAAGAGUACGAUGAGUUGGCAGAGAUGCAGGUCAAACUAGAGGAGAAGCUUCAAGAGCUGGAGGCCAAUCCACCCAGUGAUGUUUACCUGUCAUCCAGGGACCGACAGAUCCUAGACUGGCACUUUGCCAACUUGGAGUUUGCCAACGCUACACCCCUCUCCACCCUUUCUCUCAAGCAUUGGGAUCAGGAUGACGACUUUGAGUUUACUGGCAGCCACCUGACAGUGAGGAACGGCUACUCAUGUGUACCUGUGGCCCUGGCUGAGGGUUUGGACAUCAAACUAAACACAGCAGUGCGGCAGGUCCGAUACACAGCCUCUGGCUGUGAGGUGAUAGCGGUCAACACUCGCUCCACCACGCAGACCUUCAUUUAUAAGUGCGAUGCUGUGCUGUGCACCCUGCCCCUCGGUGUGAUGAAGCAGCAGCCCCCCGCUGUGCAGUUUGUCCCCCCUCUGCCAGAGUGGAAGACCUCCGCUAUACAGAGGAUGGGCUUUGGCAACCUCAACAAGGUGGUGUUGUGUUUUGACCGUGUAUUUUGGGAUCCCAGUGUCAACCUGUUUGGUCAUGUUGGCUCCACCACAGCGAGCCGGGGUGAGCUCUUCCUCUUCUGGAACCUUUACAAAGCCCCCAUCCUGCUCGCUCUGAUGGCUGGAGAAGCUGCUGGCAUCAUGGAGAACAUUAGUGAUGAUGUUAUAGUCGGACGCUGUCUUGCUAUCCUGAAGGGAAUAUUUGGAAGCAGUGCUGUGCCGCAGCCAAAGGAAACCGUGGUAACUCGUUGGCGUGCCGACCCCUGGGCCCGGGGCUCCUACUCGUACGUAGCAGCAGGUUCUUCGGGUAAUGACUAUGACCUCAUGGCACAGCCCAUCACCCCUGGCCCCGCCAUACCAGGAGCCUCACAGCCUGUCCCUCGCCUGUUCUUUGCUGGUGAGCACACCAUCAGGAAUUACCCAGCCACAGUUCACGGCGCCCUGCUCAGCGGGCUCCGAGAGGCAGGACGCAUCGCUGACCAGUUCCUGGGCGCCAUGUACACACUCCCCCGACAGACCACACCCACCACCGCCAACAACCCUCAGCAGGCCCAGCCCACCCCUACUGUCUAAAGCUGCCUCUGUUGGUUCCUCUGUGCUCCUCAAAUUCAUAUCGCCUUAACAGUUUAGGAUAAAGCAUUACACUUUACCCAUAUUCUGUGACAUCCGUAUCUUUAAGAUCUUGGAAACCCCAGAGGCAUCUUUGCACUUUUGCAUCGACUCAAAUGUGGGCCAAUUCUAGGAUUAGUCCGAUUUUCUGGAUACAGACGAGCUCUAAUUCUGAAUUGAAACUGUCUUUAGUCAGAGCACCUCACUUAACUUGUAGUUUGGGAUUGCCGCGACUGCGUUUCCAGGAAGACGAAAGAACACACCAUCAGUUUCUUAGUGUUUGACACCAUUGCAGACAGAUUAAACCCGCUACCACAUGGAUCGGACCUUUCUCUAAAUCAGUUUGACUGAUACUUUUUAUUUCAUGCUAAUGUAAUAAUGCAUCCGAACGCAUUGUGAAAGUGUGAUUUACCAGUCUCUAAAGCAGAAGCAUGGCAUUGAUUUGUAAGGGCUUUGGGUGAUUCUGUGCAUUUAAAUCCAGUCUAUUUAUCUAUUUAUGUGCACCCAUGUGAGCAUUAUGGAAUGGCUGAAACGUGGUACAUAUGUACACUCAAGCUGUGAGCCAUAAGAUCAUACAAAGCAGAUAAUGCAAGUCGGUAGCACCAUCUCCAUGCAAACUAUUUUUUUGUUUUGUUUCUUCCUAUGAACUGGAUAUUUGCCUCCGGCGAUGGCUCACAUGCUCUGUUUUGGUUGUCUUAAGGCUGAAUAAUCUGGCCAUAUAUGGUAGUUGAAACCCCUCUUAAUAUUAUUCCUAUCAUUUUGGUUGCAUAGUCUAGUGAAGAUAGUGUGUUUGUAUUAAAUUCUAAAAAAGAUAGACAUGUUGGGGGAAAAAAUUGUGAAUGUUGUUACCAUAGUAUGUCAAGUGUAUUAUUCUUUUUGUUGUGUUCAUUUCACUUUUUAUAUUGUUUUUUUGUUAUUAAAACAAAAUGAAAACGUAA